UACGCCCACGGCCUCCACCUCGCCCCCAUGGUCCGCAUCGGCACCCUCCCCGUCCGCCUCGUCGCCCUCGACUACGGCGCUCAGCUCGUCUGGGGACCCGAAAUCGUCGACAAGGCCAUCAUCGGCGCAACCCGCCAAGUCGACCACAACACGGGCGUCGUCUCGUUCGUCAAGAACGGCCGCAGCAUCUUCGAGUGCCACCCGCUCGAGAAGCCCCGGCUCAUCUUCCAGCUCGGGUCGGCCGACCCAAAGCUCGCCGUCGAGGCCCUCAAGGUCGUCGAGCGUGACGUCGCCGGCGUCGGCCUCAACUGCGGCUGCCCAAAGUCGUUCAGCCUCCAGGGCGGCAUGGGCGCCGCCUUGCUCAAGGAGCCCGACCGCCUCUGCUCGCCCUCCUCCUCCACUCCCGCCGCCGACGCCGCCGCACCCGACGCACCCUCGGCGCUCCCUCCUCCCGCCGCCGACCCAGCCCUCGACGCCGAGCCGACCGUGCCCCUCGUGCGCCGCAUCCUCGCGACCGGCAUCGCCAACCUCACGGUCCACUGCCGCACCCAGACGAUGCGCUCGAGCGAGCCGGCCCUCCUGCGUCGCAUGCGCCCGCUCGCCCGCCUGUGCCACGAAGCCGGCGUCCCCGUCGUCUGCAACGGCGACGGCGACGGCUGGGCCAACUUUGACGCGACGUGCGGCGAGAGCGGCGGGGCGGUGCGGGCGCGCCUCGUCGACGCCGUCAUGCUCGCGAGGUCGGCAGAGGCCAACGUGAGCUGCUUCCGGCGCGAGGGCGGCCUCGAGGACCCGGAGAAGGUCGUCAUCCCCAAGCUGUUGCGCGUCGCUCUCGCGACCAACAACCACUACUCGAACACCAAGUACAUCCUCAACGCCAUGAACCUGCACUCCUCGCCGACGCCCCCCUCGCGCGAGCGCAACCGCGACCUCAAGCUGCGCAUGAACCAGGCGCGCUCGUACGAGGCCAUGUGCGACGCGUUUGGGAUGACGGGCGACGAAGUGGAGCGGGCGAGGGCUGCGGGGAGGGAGGGCCUUGAGGAGAUGGUGCCGCGCUGGGCCGAGAGGAGGAGAAGGAUCGUCGACGAGGAGGGCGAGCUGUAGAGUCGCUCUCGUGCGAGGUAUUCUUGCUCUCCUGUCUAUCC